ACGUUAUAACUUGCAACAACGUCAACACGCGCGAAGGUCAAGAAAUGUAUGCCAAUAAAACCGUGCCACGCUAACCAUUGGCGGCAAAUCGGAUCCCUCACGUCGUUGUCCGACCCAAUCGUUCAAAUCUCCACAACAACCAUUUCUGCAUAUCAGUGGCGACUCCGUAAUUUCGAUCAACAACGAGGGCAUACCCUUCACCACUUCGUAACCAAACAAAACCAACAAAAAUAUUGGUGGGCUGAAGGCAGAGCCUCUUCACGGAGCCACAUCAGAGAGAGAGAGCUCCUCAAGAUUCUCUGCUGUUUUAUGGCGGCUUUUGCUAGAGCCUUCUUGAUCUCUCGCGUCACCGACGUGUCACUCAAACCCCUCCAACCACCACCGCCUCCCUUCUCCCACCACCACCGCCUCAUCCGACCGUUGCUCGCCACCAGGAGGCUCCCCUCCACCGUCGUCAGCUGCCUUGUCUCCGGCGUCGACGGAGGUGGAGUCUCUGACGACUUCGUCUCAACGAGGAUGUCUGGUUUCGAUCGAGAAUUUUUUGUAAUUGCUACUAUGCUGAAGAAAAUUGAACUCCUGGACACUUCCGUUAUUUCCAAGGGCGUUUCUGAUGCCGCCAAGGAUUCCAUGAAGCAGACCAUCUCCACAAUGCUAGGGUUGCUCCCAUCGGAUCAAUUCUCCGUCACGGUUAGGGUUUCGAAAAGCCCUCUGGAUGGCUUGCUCACUUCUUCGAUAAUGACAGGGUAUACUCUGUGGAAUGCAGAGUACCGGAUUUCAUUGAUGCGGAAUUUUGAUAGAUCGAUAGAUAGUUGGAAAAGGUCUGGAUUUCCGGGGGAAAAUGAAAUUUCGGAAAUGAAGAGUGAGGAUGGUGUGGUUGAGGUUGAUCGUUGUGCUGAAGAUUUAGAAAAUUUUAACCUUGGGAGAUUUGGGGAUUUGUCUCCCGAGGCUCUGAACUACAUUCAGCAGCUGGAAUCAGAACUGUCUACAGCUAAGAAGGAGCUGAAUGCCAGGAAGCAGGAAAAUGUGCAAAUGGAAUAUAUUAGAGAAAGCAACAAUGAUUUAUUGGAGUAUUUGCAGUCCUUGGAAUCUGAUAUGGUGAUUGAACUAGCACAACCAUCAUCUUUAGAGGUUGAGGAAAUUAUUCACCAACUUGUUCAAAACAUAUUAAGGAAAUUCUUUAAAGAUGAUUUUAGCUCUGAUUUUGUGGGAGAUUCUGCUAUAAGGAAUGUCGAGAACUUACAAAACGGUGAUGAUGAGUGUUGCAAUACCAUAGGCACUUCACGGAAUUACCUAGCAAAGCUUCUUUUCUGGUGUAUGUUAUUGGGUCAUCACUUGAGAGGCUUGGAGAACAGAUUGCAUCUAAGUUGUGUUGUCGGCUUGUUGUAAGUGAGCAGUAAAGAGGGUGUAUAUUCUUUUGUUGUGAAUUUUCUUUUCAAAUUUUCUAUUUAUGUUCGUUACUUUUACUUUUAUUGAGAAAAAUAAACUUAAAAUGUGCAAUCAUCUCAUUGGUUUCCUUUUCGUUUUAAUAAAUCAUGUAAUCAUCUAGCAGAAUAUAAACUGGGUGGGCAAUUGCCCCGGCUCGAAUCAA